AUGGACAGUCUGACAGAACAGAGACUGACAUCUCCCAAUCUGCCGGCCCCCCACCUGGAACACUACAGUGUUCUGCAUUGCACCAUGACCCUGGAUGUGCAAACUGUAGUCGUUUUUGCCGUGAUUGUAGUUCUCCUGCUUGUCAAUGUCAUACUCAUGUUUUUCCUGGGAACGCGCUGAAUGGAGUCCAGCCAUCUGAGUUGUCGCGAACUCUCGCUUUGAUUUCAUCCCGAGAGCCACCGAGAACAAAAAAAAUACCAAGAGACAGAGAGAGAUAGGGAAAGAGAGGGAGAAAAGGAGCAAGCUUUCUUACUCUGGGGGGAAAGCGUUUUGAGCUUCAACAUGGCCUCGCUGUGAUAUGUAUGACGUUGGUAUAUUAUUUCUCCCUAAAA